CCUUCACUUGCCACGCGUUGUGCAGCGAUAUAUACUCAUAGAAACUAACGAAAAUAUACAAGGUAUUUAAUCAGCGUUUACUAGCCUAACAUAUUUGUGCAGUGAGUGGGAUCGGUGUCAUUUCCAUAGACGUCAAUAUAACUAUCGUAACAGACAGAAUGGCGCCAAAAAAGGUUGAGGAGCCUGAACGAAAACCACUUAUUGGCCGUGUCGGAACCAAUUUGAAAGUUGGUAUAGUAGGCAUCCCGAACGUAGGAAAAUCAACCUUCUUCAAUGUCCUCACCAAAAGCCAGGCGGCUGCAGAGAAUUUCCCCUUUUGCACCAUCGAUCCCAAUGAAAGUCGCGUACCAGUACCCGACCCGAGGUUCGAUUAUUUGUGCGAAUAUUUCAAACCAGUCAGCAAAGUUCCAGCGUUCUUAAACGUGGUGGACAUUGCCGGAUUGGUAAAAGGCGCCGCCGAGGGACAGGGUUUAGGAAACAGUUUCCUCUCGCACAUCAACGCUUGCGACGGCAUUUUCCACCUUUGUCGUGCGUUCGAUGACGACGACGUCACCCACAUAGAGGGAGAUGUGAAUCCUGUAAGGGAUCUUGAAAUCAUCAGCGAUGAAUUGCUGCUAAAGGACAUCGAAUUUUUAAAUGUCCACCUCGAAAAGCUGGAAAAGCUUGUUGUUCGAGGAAACGACAAGAAACUUAAACCAGAAUACGACACGUUAUUGAAAGUAAAAGGUGUAAUGGUGGAUGAGAAGAGGCAUAUUAGGUUUGCUGAUUGGAGUGCCACUGACAUCGAAGCUCUCAACAAAUAUUUAUUCCUCACGUCAAAACCAGUUAUUUAUCUAGUUAAUCUGUCUGAGAAAGAUUACAUACGUAAGAAGAAUAAAUGGUUGAUCAAAAUAAAGGAAUGGGUCGACAAAAAUGACCCGGGCGCUGUUUUGAUCCCGUUCAGCGGUGCUUUCGAAAAUAAACUAGUCGAUAUGGACGAAGCAGAGCGUGCAAAGUAUCUCGAAGAAAAUAAGGUUACCAGUGCUCUUGACAAGAUUAUCGUUCAAGGAUACAAGGCACUGCAGCUGCAAUACUUCUUUACGGCAGGACAUGACGAAGUCAAAGCAUGGACGAUUCAGAAAGGUACAAAAGCACCACAAGCUGCAGGAAAGAUCCACACAGACUUCGAAAAGGGAUUCAUUAUGGCCGAAGUAAUGAAAUUUGAUGAUUUUAAAAAUGAAGGAUCGGAAGCAGCGGUGAAGGCUGCAGGAAAAUACAGACAACAAGGACGUAAUUACGUGGUGGAGGAUGGAGACAUUAUUUUCUUCAAGUUUAACGCUGGUGCAGGGUUAAAAGACCCGAAGAAAAAGUGAUGGCACGCAUUGCUCGUGUUGUUACUCGUCCAUUUGUACAUCAACAUGAUCCUGAUGUUUUGUUGCACACGAGACACGUAUAUGAAACAAUCCAACUCGCUUUCAGAUAUCCCUUGACUUCUUUCUGCGUUACUUCCGGUAAUAUCUACCAUCACUGAUAACGAUAACAAACACUUGUAUAGCGAAGCAGGUAUUUUUAUAUAUUUUAUCAUACAAUAAAUGUAUCAGACCUUUUCUUUGUAAGAUUAC